AUGAGUAAUAUUGAAUACUCCCAAGUUGGAUUCAUGACGAACCAAAUUCGAGGUAAGCUCUACAAAUUAUCGUCACUAAAUAAUGCGUUUUUAUUUAUUAUUAUUCAAAUAGCAACAUAUGAUGAUAAAAAAAUGAUUACUUCUCUCGAGAAUUUAUCAAAUGAUCUUUUGUAUGAAAUUUUCGAUUAUCUUGAUGGUGGUGAAAUAUACAAAGCAUUUUCAAAUCUUAAUCGAUGCUUCCAAACUCUUAUUACAAGCCCAUCUCUUCUUCUAAACAUAGAUCUUCGUCUUCAAUCAGAAAAUCUCUCCCAUUAUCGUUCUACAUGUAUUGUCACUCCAAACAGACAUCGAAUUACUUCACUUAGCUUCAGUCAUGGAUCUCUCUAUCAAUCGGGUUUAGCAUUCUGUAAUAUUGAUGCAUUAUUUAUCCGACUUGAGUCAUUAAUAUUAGAUAACAUCAAAUCACAGCAACUUUUACCUCUUCUCGCUCGUUUGAUUUCAUUGCCACGUCUAUUCUCAUUGAGUAUAUAUUAUAGUGAUCAUCGUAGCGAAAUCACAAAUAUCUAUCAAGCGAGUUUCAAUUUACCUGUUUUAACGCAUUAUAAAUUACAAUGUUCUUCGCUUGAAUCAUCCAUUCCUCUAUUAACAACAGGCAAACAUAAAUUCAGCAGUAUUCGAUAUCUCGUCGUUGGUCAUUGUUGUAGUCUCGAUGAUUUAAUUGCUAUAGUUUCUUGUACGCCGCAACUCUCUCGUUUAACUUGUCAUGAAGUAAACAGAUCAAGGACAGACAUUGCCAAACAUGUUUAUAACACAAUAAUGAGUUUAACUAAGAUUUUUAUCACUCGAUGUUAUGCGGAAUUCAAUGAAAUGGAAACAUUUUUAACGAAAAUAGCAUCUCAAGUGAAAGUAUUGCAUUGGAAUUGUUUCAGAGAUGUAACAUAUUUGGAUGCAACUCGAUGGGAACGAAUAAUUUCGAAAAAUUUACUUCAUUUAAAUUUAUUUAAAUUUCAGUUUAGUAUUAAUAUUGACGAAAAUCCAAACUCGACUGGUUCACAUGAAAACCGUAUUGAUUUUAAUUCAUUAUUUUGGACGAAACGAAUACGGGAUUUUAGAAUUUAUCUUGACAUAGAUUCUCUCCAGAAGAACAUCAUUGUUGUUUCCGUUAAUUCAUUCAGGAAAGUACGAGACAGCAUUCUGUCGAACCAAAAUGAGUCAAUCAGGUGCUCUCCCAUUGACCAACUAGACGUCCUCAAUAUAACCUCUGGGGUACUUCAUGAAUCUUUUUUCAGCAGGGUAGUGGAGACAUUAGUCAAUUUAGUAAAAUGUCUACCUAAUCUUCGUGUAUUGAUAAUUUUAUCAUUACUACUGAAAGAUUUAAAGUAUUCCAAUUUAAAAAAAACAACAAAUUUUCAUUUGGCAUCAACACAAAAUCAAAUUACCAAAAUCAAUCUCAAAGAUAUAAAUAGUUUAAAUGAACUUGAAAUUCUUCUUGAUCUCUGUCCUCAUAUAGAAUAUUUGGAAGUGAAUUCUAAUAAUACCGUGCCGCCUGAAAUAAUUGUUCGAUUUAUUUUGAUAGAAAAGGCCAAAAGCAUCUCAAAUUUAUCAUUAAUUUGUCUUCAAAUCCCACUGGAAAAUGUAGAUAUCGUUAACAAAUUAAAAAAUAUACUGGAAAUUGAACAAUCGUUUUAUAAUGUCACAAUCAAACAAAACAGCGAUAAAAUUUAUUUACGAUUGAAUUCAUUAUAA